AUGCAGUCGUUCUUGCAGUACCGCCGUUUUGGAAGGCAAGUCGAAGCGCAGUAUGAGCGCGAUAAGGGUGAAGCGCAUGCGCUGAAAGCGCGUGCGAAAGACGGUGGGAAAGAGCAGAGGCAGGGUGUUCGGGGUGCAACGAGCUCGUCAACGUCGUCUUCGUCCUCAUCCUCCGAGUUCUCGAGCCCAUCCCCAAGUCCGGCCGGGGUGAAAGAGACAGAGCAUACUACACUCUCCGUCCAGUCGCAUCCUCACACAAAAGAUCCAGAGAAAGCUGAAAGGGCAGGAGUCCUUGAUCCAGCGACGCAAGAGACCAAGGGGAAGGCGGAUGAUGACGAUUUGGCUAUGGACAAGGUGGACACCAAGAAGACAAUUGGAACAGCUCUAGGCACGACCUUGACAGGUAUUGAAGUCCGCAGUCGCACAACUAGAGAAGGAGGUGGAGAAGGCGUGCAGAAGGUGUUCGUAGUGGGAUAUGAAGGCGCUUCUGAUCCCAUGAAUCCACACAAUUGGAGUCGCGCCACCCGAAUCGGUGCUACAGUCAAUAUCGCGAGUAUUGGAUGGAUCGUCGGAUUCGCCUCGUCCGUCGAUAGUGCGGCGUUGAUGCAGGCGUCGAAAACGUUCGGGGUCAGUGAGGUGGCAGAAUCGCUUGCGACGGGCUUGUUUCUGGUCGGCUUUGGGGUGGGAAGUCUGUUUGCUGGACCGAUCAGUGAGACGGUGGGAAGAAAUCCGGUGUACAUUGCUACUUUGGGGGCGUAUAUGCUUUUCAUAAUGGGAGCGGGUUUCGCAGGCGAUGCGGGGAAUUUUGGAGCGCAGCUGGCGACUCGUUUCUUGGCCGGAUGCUUUGCAAGUACACCCUUGACUUGUGCAGGAGGGAGUAUCAGCGACUUAUGGAGUCCUUUGGAAAGAGUUUGGGCAUUUCCAGUAUUUGCUAAUGCGGCCUUCAUGGGACCAAUAUUUGGGCCUGUGAUUGGCGGAUUUGUGGGUGAAUCAAAGCUCAUAAGCUGGAGAUGGACCGAGUGGAUCACACUGAUAAUCUCUGGACUGGUUCUUGUGUUAGUUGUGCUCUUCCAGCCGGAGACGUAUGCGCCAGUACUUUUGGCAUGGAAGGCAAAGAAAUUGAGACAAUUGACCAGUGAUGACCGAUACCGCGCCGAAAUCGAGAUUAGGGAUAUUGCCUUCAUCAAGAGGCUGGGACACGCAUUGUACAGGCCAUUCUUGUUGACCUUCAGUGAACCGAUCGUUGUCAUUGUCGCAUUGUAUCUGACUGUGAUAUACAUCAUUCUCUUCACAUUUCUGGAUGGAUACGCAUUCAUCUUCACGGAGACAUAUGGUUUUAGCGAGGGGAUCACUGGUCUUUCAUUCAUUGGAAUCGGUAUCGGUUUGUGUUUUGCUUCUUGUCUCGUCCCACUGAUCAAUCAUUGGACCAAGAAGGAGUGGGCCAAGGUCAAAGACCAGGGAGGCAAUCGUUUAGCGCCUGAAAUCCGGCUCUGGUACAUGAUGUUCGGGUCUCCAGCUAUCCCAAUCAGUCUCUUCUGGAUGGGCUGGACAGCCUAUCCUUCGAUAUCGUACUGGUCACCACUGGCGGCCAGUGUGCUCUUUGGCUACGGCAUUCUUUGUGUUUUCAUCUCCUGCUACCAGUAUAUCAUUGACAGCUAUGAAGCGUAUUCGGCCAGUGCGUUGGCGAGCGCCACAUUGAUCCGCUAUGUUGCUGCGGGUGGUAUGGUCGAAGUCGCGGUACGUAUCCUGGAACAUCGGUGUUCUCUUGACUGA